CAGGGAUCCUCAAUGCAUUUGCUUGCCGUUAUUUAAGGAGCCUUUACUAAAAGCUUCUGGAUUGUGUUUCUGAGCGGACAAAAGAUUUUUGUAUUCAAAAUGCUCAUAAAGGAAUAUCGUAUUCCUCUUCCGAUGAGUGUGGAAGAAUAUCGAAUUGCGCAACUGUACAUGAUACAGAAAAAGAGCAGAGAGGAGACAUGUGGGGAAGGCAGUGGAGUAGAGAUCCUGGAGAACAGGCCGUACAUGGAUGGACCGGGAGGCAAUGGGCAGUAUACUCACAAAGUGUACCACAUUGGUAUGCACAUACCCAGCUGGUUUCGGUCAAUAUUGCCCAAGGCAGCUCUGCGAGUUGAAGAGGAAUCGUGGAAUGCGUAUCCUUACACAAGGACAAGGUAUACGUGUCCUUUUGUGGAGAAGUUCUCCAUUGAUAUUGAAACAUACUACAAAACUGAUCCAGGAGAGCAUGUCAACGUGUUCAACCUUUCUCCUGCAGAAAAAAGACAAACCAUUCUAGAUCCUAUUGAUAUUGUUAAAGAUCCUAUCCCUCCACAUGAAUACAAAGCUGAGGAGGAUCCAAAGCUAUAUAAAUCAGUGAAGACUAAAAGAGGCCCCCUCUCAGAAGACUGGAUUCAAGAGUACAAGAACAACCCUGGAAAAUACCCCAUCAUGUGUGCAUAUAAACUGUGUAAAGUCGAGUUCAGAUACUGGGGGAUGCAGUCGAAAAUCGAGCGGUUUAUCCAUGAUGUUGGCUUGCGGAAGGUCAUGGUCCGUGCCCAUCGGCAGGCUUGGUGCUGGCAGGACGAAUGGUAUGGGCUCACCAUUGAGGAUAUCCGGCAGCUGGAGAAGGAGGCACAGCUGAUGCUGGCUCAGAAGAUGGCCCAGUUCUGUGGUGAAAAUGAUACUGAGCAGCAUGGUGUCAAAGACACUCCUGGUGAGAAGGAUAUUGAAGCCAACACAGUUUCACCUGUUGACACAGAGGAUGCCACUGGUAACAGCGAAACAGCCUCUGGGAGAUCGCUCACCAAGCAGUGGUCCACCUCUUCCAAAUCCUCACGAUCUUCAAAGAGGGGAGCAAGUCCCUCACGCCAUAGUAUCUCUGAGUGGAGGAUGCAGAGCAUUGCCAGAGAUUCAGAUGACAGCUCAGAUGAUGAAUUCUUUGAUGCACAUGAGGACUUGUCUGACAAUGAGGAAAUGUUCCCGAAAGAAAUAACCAAAUGGAGUUCCAAUGAUCUGAUGGAUAAAAUUGAAACCCCCGAAUGCGAUGAUGUCCAGGGUGACUUGUAUCACGAGACAUCAGCAGAGUACCAUGUUGGCUCCAGCGUGGAGAGGCUCAGCAUCAUUGAAGAUGAAUCAGUGCAGCCAUUAAUGCAGCCAAGUAAAAUCCAUGUCCUCCUCUUGGUACUCCAUGGAGGGAACAUCCUGGACUCAGGAAGUGGUGACCAGAGCUCCAAGCAAGGGGAUGUCAACACCAUCACGACAGUGUUUGACACAGUGAUGAGGGUACAUUACCCAGCGGCUCUGGGACACAUUGCCAUCAGGCUAGUCCCUUGCCCAGCCAUCUGCUCCGAAGCUUUUUCGCUGGUGUCCAGCCUCAGCCCAUAUAGUUAUGAUGAAGGCUGCCUGUCCAACAGCCAGGAUCACAUUCCCCUUGCUGCACUCCCUCUGCUAGCAACAUCAUCCCCGCAGUACCAAGAAGCGGUAGCCACAGUCAUCGUCAGAGCCAACCAGGCCUACAGUGAGUUCAUCAGAUCCCAGGAGGGCAUGUCAUUCAACGGCCAGGUCUGCUUGGUAGGGGACUGUGUUGGAGGAAUUCUGGGAUUUGAUGCCUUAUGCUACAGCAAUCAAACUGUGUCUGAGAGCCAGAACAGCAGUCGGCGAGGAAGUGUUGUGAGUGUCCAGGAUACCGACCUCCUGUCUCCUGGAAUAACGGUGAACAACAGCUAUUGUUCCAGUGGUUCUAAUCUGGAAGCCAGCAGACACCUCAGCAGGAGCAACAUUGAUAUUCCCCGUAGCAAUGGAGAAGAUCCAAAGAAGCAGCUGCCACGAAAAAGGAGCGAUUCAUCAACCUAUGAACUGGACACGAUAAAGCAGCAUCAAGCCUUUCUUUCAAGUUUACAUUCUAGUGUUCUGAGAAAUGACCCAGGAUCCAGGCGAUCUAGUAGCUCUACUAUGUUGGAUGGAGGAAAUAUUGGAAAGUUUGAAUUUGAGAUCACUGACUUCUUCCUCUUUGGUUCUCCCUUGGGUUUGGUUCUUGCACUGCGAAAAACUGUCAUUCCAGCUCUUGACAUCUUUCAGCUCAGACCAGCUUGUCAGCAGGUCUAUAACCUGUUCCACCCUGCAGACCCAUCUGCUUCACGCCUCGAGCCUCUUUUGGAGAGGAAGUUCUACCUUUUGCCUCCCUUUAAUAUUCCCCGUUACCAGAGGUUCCCGCUGGGUGAUGGCAAUUCUGCUGUUCUGGUUGAGACAAUCCAGAACAAUCCCAUCCUCCUCAUGGAAAAUAGCCCUCUGGGUGCUCUCCAGCACCAGGACAGCUUCAUGGAAACAAGUAUCCCCGUUCCCGUACUGAAUUGGCAAGAUAUUUCCAAUAAAAGUGCUGGUUUUGCUGAGUCAGAUGUUGUUCAGUCUCAUGGUGCCGUCUUCAUGGAAAGCGCGUCCCUGUCCACCCCCAUUUCAGCCCCUCAGUUCAGGGGCUUCCGGAGAGCCAGUGAGAUCAGCAUUGCCAGCCAGGUCUCAGGAAUGGCAGACAGUUACACUGCUUCCAACAUAGCCAACAUUGCUGCCAAAUGGUGGGGAACCAAAAGGAUUGACUACGCUCUCUACUGUCCUGAUGCUCUGACAGCUUUCCCAACGGUCGCUUUGCCGCACCUCUUCCAUGCGAGCUACUGGGAGUCCACAGACGUUGUCUCCUUCCUGCUGAGACAGGUGAUGAGGCACGAGAACUCAAGCGUUUUGGAGCUGGACGGAAAGGAGGUGUCCGUCUUCACCCCCUCCAAGCCCCGCGAGAAGUGGCUCCGCAAGAGGACACACGUGAAGCUCCGGAAUGUCACAGCCAACCACAGGAUAAACGACACCAUCGCUAAUGAAGAUGGGCCCCAGACUUUAACUGGAAGGUUUAUGUACGGUCCAUUAGAUAUGGUCACACUCACAGGAGAAAAGGUGGACAUUCACAUCAUGACCCAGCCGCCAUCAGGAGAGUGGGUUUACUUUGACACAGAGAUCAGCAACAGCAGUGGCAGGAUUUCUUAUGUUAUCCCCGAGAACCGUCGCCUGGGCAUCGGCGUGUACCCUGUCAAGAUGGUGGUCAGGGGCGACCACACAUAUGCAGACAGCUACAUCACAGUCCUGCCGAAGGGGACAGAGUUUGUGGUGUUCAGCAUCGACGGCUCCUUUGCAGCCAGUGUAUCCAUCAUGGGCAGUGACCCCAAAGUCCGUGCCGGAGCAGUCGACGUUGUAAGGCACUGGCAAGACCUCGGCUACCUCAUUAUCUAUGUCACGGGCCGCCCUGACAUGCAGAAGCAGAGGGUGGUAGCGUGGUUAGCACAGCACAACUUCCCCCAUGGGAUCGUGUCCUUCUGCGAUGGGCUUGUUCACGACCCACUGCGGCACAAGGCCAACUUUCUGAAAUCCCUCAUCACAGACCUCCACAUGAGGAUCCAUGCGGCAUAUGGAUCUACUAAGGACAUCUCUGUGUACAGCUCCAUCAGCCUCCCACCCACGCACAUCUACAUCGUUGGCCGACCCACCAAGAAGCUGCAGAGCCAGUGUCAGUUCAUCACUGAGGGGUACGCAGCUCACCUGGCCCAGCUGGAGUACAACCAUCGCUCACGCCCGGCUAAGAACACCACGCGCAUGGCACUGCGGAAAGGCAGCUUUGGGCUGCCCAGCCAGACCGAGUUCCUGCGCAAGAGGAAUCACUUGCUGCGGACCAUCUCCUCCCAGCCUUCGGCCACCAGCGGCAGCGCCGGCCACCGCCCCGAGCGCACACAGAGCCAGUCUGACAGCGACAAGGAGAGGGACAGAGAACGCAGCCAAAGAAGCAUGAGCAUCGCCACGGGGUGCUGGGGCCGGAGCACAGCAUCCCGGCUGGAGUCUGGCCUCUUGGGGCAGAAGUAGCCAGACCAGAGCCAGCAACUGUCAGCUGCAGCCACCGGAGGAGAAAACAAAAGGAAAGAGGGACGAGGCCGGCGUUACAGGCUGGAAGGGUAAAUAUGGUGCUACUCUAAUAACAUCAUGGUAUUCUGGGAAGAGAUGGGAAGUUUCCCAUGCAGAAUGUGCAGGCCUUGCAGCGGGAGCGUCAGGUUUGUGCAGCAUGAGCCCAAGGAACAGCUAGAAAUUGGGGGGGGAAAGUUUCCAGGUCAAGAUCGUGCUCUCUCCUGCCUCCUUCUUUUAUCCAGGUUUAGUGACUGUAAAUACGUGCCUCCUCGCCUUGUUAGCCAUCGCUCCGAUACGCGUGACCGAGUGCUGUCCUCAGAGCCACAGGAACAAGGGAUGAGGCUGGGGAAACUUGUUCUUGGUUGUCCCAGGCGUCAGACUGAGGUGCUCUGCCGGUGCCGGCAUGGGGUGGGUUUGGGGUUUGAUAAGCGUGCUGUUUCCCCAGCACAGACAGCCCCAAGCGAGCGAUUUAUUAUGGACCGUGCCAGGCAGAGCAACCGAGAGCUUUACAUGUACAAAGAGCUUCAAGUUGAGCCACUUUCUCAAGGAGUACAUGCAGUGGGAAAGCAUAAAGAUGUAUCGAUGCUGUUGGUAGAGGCAGAACGUCGGCAGAUUCACGCCUGAAAAAGUGGGGUCGUUAUUGUUAUUACUGUUAUUUUCUAAAGAGACCUUUUAGAAGCCGAUGGAAUUUAAUGCGUUGACCUAUUAAAAGAGGAAUACAAGCUCUUUUGUUUGAGCUGUUACAAACCUCAGACACUUAAUUUGCUGUUAAAGUCUCCAAAUAUUCUCGCUAUAUAUUAUUUCCAAAAGUAACCACCGUAUCUUUGGAAACAGCUGAAGGCACUCAGCAGCUAGAUUGCAUUGCAGUUCUUCUCAUCCAAAUGCAGGGUCUGACUCUCUCAACACCCACCUCUGAGACGUUUUCUUCUUCCCAGGUUCUCUCCAAGUUCAGUAGCAGCUUUCAUGGGAACUAGACUCGCUUCUUUUACCUGUAGUUACUGAACUGUAAAACCUCAUUGUUUUUUGCACUGAUGAUUUUUAGAAUGGAAACCUGUUACCAUCUCAUGUAGCUACACCUAACUGUUUGUAGUGCAUGACAAUGAAAUAUUGCUAAGCCAGGGUGUGUGUGUGUAUAUAUAUACAUAUAUGCAUAUACAUAUGCACGCACACGUAUAUAUAUGUAUAUAUUUAAAAAAAAAAAAUCUGUGCAGAAGUUUUUCCAGCAGUAAGGAGACUGUAAGGAAGUGUGCCAACAAUGUCAGGCAACCUUAAGAAAAGGCCAUAUCUUAAUUUUCCUGGUGUGUUUCUCAGUGGAUGUGCCCGAGCUGAUGGUUUGUGUGCUGCUGGUGCGAGCUGGGGCUGGGUGCGUGGCAGAGGGGAGCUGCCAGCACGCAGGGCGAAGUGCUUGCUGCUGGCUGGCACCCCGAGUGACACAGAGACGUGCGCGGUGCACGGUACAGGAAUGGGAGCGCGUCGCUCUGCAGCAGCAGAGAACAGUGCCUAGAGCGAGGGCUUGCCAAAAAGCCCCUUGGUCCUGUCGCUCCCCGGUCAGCCUGGCCCCAACAAAGGGCCCGGUUCCCUCCUUGCACACACCUUCUGGGGUGGAGGGGCAUCCACCCCGGGGGUAUCCGGGGUGCCCAUUUACAGACUCCAGUUGGCCUCUUCACGUGGAGAUUUUAUAGUCCUACUGAGCUCCCUGACUAUGUGUAACCCUGCUUUCCCCCACCACACCUUCCUGUCUUUAUAUCACUUUCUACUUAUGAGGAUCUUAUUUAUAACGAAGAAUUUUUUAGACUGGCUGCUUCAUUUUAUUAACUGUUUCAAUAUGAAGUGCAGGACGGCCGCACUGAGAUACACAGCACUGUGAACGCUGCUCUGCUAAUUGGCUCUGGGCCACGGUAGGCAAAUCUAACUCAUCAGACAUCCAAGGCAGAUCUCAUAUGUUCAUGGCGCUGGAGGGUCGAAGCGGAGGCAGAGGAGGGAUAGUGCUGAGCUGCCAACGGCAUCCGAGCCUGUGGAGCACUCAAACCCGACUGCCCGCCCACCACCCAGUGCAUCUCCCACAUCUUGCAGCCUGACCGCAAAAUGUUUAACCACUUCUCUUUGAUAAUUGUUCAAUUACAGAAUGUAUCUGAUGACUUUUGUUACCGAAAACUGACUUCCCUUUCUGCCGACUCAGCUUAGCUCUCUGAAUGUACAUCCAGAGCUUACUGGGUUUAAAAACAAUGUGAAUUGUCCCAGCUUUUCGCUAGUCGAAUGUUGUAUCAAACAGAUGCCAUCUGAGUAGGAAGCCAAGCCACAAUCCAUCCUGUGAAGUCACCAAACCACAUCACAAAAUAAUUUCUGCAAAUUUG